AUGGCCGCCGCCUUUGACGACGAGGAUCUCUCCGUCUCGCUUGCGUCAGUGCCUCCCAAUCCGAAUACUAGACAGCAACGAGAUCAAUCGACGGCCGAUGCAAUGUCCGACUCGAAUCCCGCAGCGAUGGCAAUGCCGCCUCCCCCGCGGCCAAACAAUAAUGGUCAUAAUGGACAUCACAACGCCGGUAGCCGCGGCUCGUCAGCGUCAGUGCAGUCACCGGCGACACGCCGAGAUAUGCAACGGUUAGAUCAAUACAAGACCAUUAAAGUGUUGGGAGAGGGUUCAUUCGGCAAAGUCAAAUUGGCGAUUCAUCAGCCUAGCGGACGGCAGGUUGCGUUGAAGAUUAUUCCUCGGCGAAAGUUGUUGUCGAGGGAUAUGGUUGGACGGGUUGAGCGUGAGAUUCAGUAUUUGCAGUUACUUCGGCAUCCACAUAUUAUCAAGCUAUACACCGUCAUUCCCACAAAGUCUGAUAUUGUGAUGGUUUUGGAAUACGCCGAGAGAGAGUUGUUUGACUACCUGGUCAAACGAGGCAGGUGUAACGACGAUGAAGCACGCAAGUUCUUCCAACAAAUCAUUUGUGCGGUCGAGUAUUGCCAUCGCCACAAGAUCGUCCAUCGAGACCUGAAACCCGAAAACUUGUUGAUUGAUAGCGAGAAAAACGUGAAGAUUGCAGAUUUCGGUCUGAGCAAUAUCAUGACGGACGGAAACUUUUUGAAAACCAGCUGCGGAAGUCCUAACUACGCCGCACCAGAAGUUAUUUCAGGAAAAUUAUAUGCCGGACCCGAAGUGGACGUGUGGAGUUGCGGAGUUAUAUUAUAUGUUCUUCUUGUCGGCCGUUUACCAUUUGACGAUGACUAUAUUCCAGCGUUAUUCAAGAAGAUCGCCGCCGGAAACUUCCAUAUGCCUUCGUAUAUCUCGCCGGGAGCUGCCAGGCUCAUUCGAGCCAUGCUGCAGGUCCAUCCAGUCCACCGAAUCAGUAUCGCUGAGAUCCGACAAGACCCGUGGUUUCUCGACGGUCUCCCCAAAUAUCUUCAACUACCCCCGGAAGAGUUUAUUACUACAGGCGCCGAUCCGAAUAAGGCGGUCGACCGUCGCAAAUUUGCACCGGGCAAGUCCACUUCGGUGCAGCAGAAGAUACACGAUUUUGCCAUCACGAAACUGGAGCACAGCAUGGGUUACAAGAAGGAGGAAAUUGAAGAUGCUCUGCGAAAGGCCGAACCUAGUGCCGUCAAAGAUGCAUUCUUUAUUAUUGCAGAGAACGAACUGAUGCAGACAAACUCUCCUCGAGAAGACUCCCUCGACAUGUCCUCUCCCCCAGCUCCUUUAUCUCCCAUGGCGAAUGACAGCAGUGGCUACAGCUCUGUACGAGCCCCGAAAACAGCAGCGGCAGCCCUUCGUCAAGAAAACGCACUUACACCGUUGACACCACACUCACGGGAAGCAACACCACCACCAGCUCCUCCUCCAGCUAAUUGGGGGGCCAUGGCAUUAGAAGAAGAGCCUCGCGUAAGCCAUGUGCGCAUUCUUCCUACGAGCCUUCCAUAUGUCCACGACCAGAUCAUGGAGCAACGGGAUGGUAUCCGAGAACGCGCUAGAAGACAGAGGGCGGACGCCGAACAAAGGGCUGGUCAUUAUGAAGAUCGUACCUUGGAACAGCAGGCUGCAACCUUCAGGGCUCUCAAACCGCAUGCUCGUAGCGUUGUUGAUCUCGAUAAGCUUCGGUUAGAACCGCCAGAGAAGUUUCAUGCGGCGCCUAUGCCAUCGAAGCGGUCCAGGAAAUGGCAGUUUGGUAUUCGGUCACGUAAUCAGCCGUAUGAAGCCAUGCUUUGUCUAUAUAAAGCCAUCGAGGCGAUAGGCGGUGUCUGGGAAAUCAUACCAGCAGAGCCAGAGGGCGACGCACCAUUAGAGGACCUUGAUCCUAACGAGCCAAUGCCACUGCAACGCAAAUACCCCGAUCUACCGUCAGACUACUACAUCCCCAAAGAUCCUUGGUUUAUUCGUGCACGACUGUUGAAAGAAGGCGUCACAGCUCCCGGCGUAUCCCUCAGCGCCCACAGCAGCCGCAGUGACCUGGGUGAUCUCCGCCGCAAAGUAAACCUAAUGAACGCCUCCAUCAGUGCCGAAGACAAAGCCGCAAUCGCCGCCGCAGUCCAAGCCAACGCUGAGAGCAGCGGCGGUGCGGGUGGUAGUAACGCUACAAGCGGACCUUCCUCCCUCGAACAAGUCCAAUCAAUGCGCAUCUCGUACGGAGUAUGGUGCUUUAUCGAUAUCCAACUAUAUCAACUCGAAGCCACGAAUUACAUGGUCGACUUCAAAUGCGAUGGAUAUCAGAACGUGGUUCGUGCAGAUAUAGAUGGUGAAUGGCGCCCCGUUAGCAAACGUAUCCGAAAUAAGGAGAAGGAAGUCACGAGUCCGUAUCCUUAUUUGGACGUUGCGUCGGAUUUGGUUGCGCAGCUGGCGAUUGCCAGUUAA